GCGGCGGUGCUGGAGGUGCGCGCGCUGCCGCUGGACGAGCUCGAGCUGGCGUCGCUGCGCGGCCUGGUGGAGCGCGCCGCCGUGCGCCUCAACUUCGCCAAGCGCCGCGGCCAUGGCACCCUGGCUGUGCGGCGUCCGCGCUUCAGUGGCAUGUUGUGUGACGCUCUGCACGCCGCCUUCCGGUGGACUGGUGACGUGGUGACGCUGGAGCGGUCGGUGCUGGAGCAGGCCAACAGCCGGUACGAGGUGCAGGGGGAGUACGUGCUGCCAGGGAUGCGCGACUGGGACAGAGACAGAGACAGCUCGUCAGUCACAGGCAUGGCUCACACCCCUGACGCCACGGCCACUGCUUCUGCCACAGCCUCUCACCGCGGGUCGGACUGGGAUGCGGAGCAGCAGCGGGCCAUGCCGGGGCAGCUGCACGCCAUGAUGACGUCCAUUGGCCGCUGGCGCAUGCGCCUCGACGUGCCCCAUGCUGACAUCAGCGAGAUGCUCCCUGGCCUGCGCAUUUUGUCUCGUAGCCACGACCCGGCGGUUCUGUUUCGGUCCAAGGAGCUCUUCCUGCACGGCAUCGAGGGCGUGGGCUUUGCCUCGCACUCCCUGCAGCACCAGCUCGAGUAUGUGCGGGAGAAGAGGGAGCGGGAGUGGGAGCCAGCGGGCGCGGACGUGGGGGGGGGGGCGGCGGUGGAGGCAUUGCCGGGGCUGUUACCGCCUGCAGCAGCUGCAGGCGCGGGGGCGGUACAGCAACACGGGGGCCUGCAUGUGGAGCGCCUGCUGCUGCAGAAGGACGACGGUGCCACGGUGCAUGCGGACGGCACGCUCUUCGGCCCCGCGCCCAACCUGCACUUCGCCCUCCUCAACUUCCCGCCCACCUCGCGUGCAGCAGGCGGCGGUGCGGGGCGUGGUGCACGUGGAGGGCGACCUCUCGGGCUCCUUCGCCCAGCCACAGUGCGAAAUCCAGCUGCGGCUGCUGGACGGCGAGAUAGCGGGCGUGGCGCUGGGGCGGGCAGAGGUGGCGGCGUCCCUGACGCCGGCAUCGCGCCUGCUGUUUCAUGCGGUGCUGGAGCCCGCCCUGGAGGCCGGGCAGGUGCGCGUCAAGGGCAACGUGCCGCUGCCGCCCAUGCAGGGCGCGCAGACAGGCCAGGAGGUGCAGGGGGGGGAGCAGAGAUCUGGGUAAUGGAGGGAGGAGGGGCAACCUCUGUUGGGAGCAGAGAGGAGGAGAAGCGGGGUGGCAAGGCAGGUGAGAGAAAGCAGAAGGCGGCAGCGGAGGGGAAGACGAGGAAGGAAGGCGCGGGGUGCAACGCGGGAGCGGACGGGAGAGAGCAGCCGCAUAUGGCAUGACUGGGACUGGCUGGAGCGAGAGGGAGGGCUGUGGAGCGAGGGCAAGGGAGCGGCGAUGGAGGCGAGGGCGAGGAGAAGGGCGAGGAGGAGGCAGGAGAGGAAGGGGAGGGGGAGGAGGAGGAGGAGGAGGCAAAGAAGGGGCCGGAGCUGCUGCGCAGUCUGGCGGAGUUGGAGCGGGGGUUUGAGGGCGAGGAGCAGGUGGAGCGCAUGGCGGUGGACGCUAGUGUGACGGACGCCGGCAUGAUGCUGCUCACCGCUCUCUCACCCUCCUUCCGCUGGAUCCAAGGCCACGCCGCCAUCUCUGCUCAGCUCCGGGGAACACUAACUCACCCUGAGGUGGCAGCAGAGGCGGUGUUCAGCCGGGUGACGGCGUCCUCGCCAGUGCUGCCGCGCCCGCUGACGGGGGGGGGGGGACGCAUCCGCGUAGCGGCGCAGCAGCUGCUGGUGGACGGGCUGGAGGGGCGCGUGGGGCGGCGCGGCACGCUCAGGGUGGAGGGCACACUGCCGCUGGGGCUAGGCGCACAGGUGGCGGGGGGGGAAGGGAGGAGGGGGAGGGGGCGCAGGCGGUUGGUGGGGUGAGAGGAGGGAGCGAGGGUAUGAGGGAGAGGAUGGGCGAGGGUAUGAGGGAGAGGAUGAGCGGGCAGACUGAGCAUUCACGUGACAGCAUGCGUGGGGAGGGAAUUACCAUUAUGGCGGAGAACCUUGAAGUGCGCGCGCGCAAUGUGUUCAGCGGCCUGGUGGACGCGGGCGUGAGUGUGAUGGGCAGCCUGGCGGCCCCUGAGGUGACGGGCGCCAUCCGGCUGUCGCGCGGCAUCGCGUACCUGUCGCAGGAGAAGGACAGGGCCGACACCCCCUCCCCUCCUCCGUGCCCUCCUCCCUGCUGCCCGCCCACCGCCGCAAGUCACCUGCACUCUCUGCUCCCACCAGUGCCGCUCCUGCCAAUUCAGCAGCACCGGAUUGGCUGCCUGCCAUGUCAUCGGCGGCCGCGUCUACAGCCAUGAAGCUGCCGCCUUCAGCCCCAGAGCAAGGUCUGC